GGAAAGGAGGAGGGGAGCUGGAAUCGUUAGUAUUGUUUUAAGUUUAGCGUCGCGCGCGGGAAAAGAGAGCGAAGGAGGAGAAGCCGCAGUAACUCAACUGCCGAGUGAAAACACACCGCGUUCGAUCGGCGUUGCGUGAGUUCGUGGCCAUUCGAGUCUCUCCUAACCGCAGCCACCGCCGGGCGGCCCUGCGACCGUGCUCUGCUUGGCUCUUGCGGACCACCACCUCCUUCCUUCUCUCUGCCGCCGGGGAUCUUCGGGGCAAACUGGGAUCCACCCCAGCCAACGUCUCCCCCGAUGGAGAACUUCCAGAAAGUGGAGAAGAUCGGGGAAGGCACCUACGGCGUGGUUUAUAAAGCAAAGAACAAAGUCACCGGCGAGGUGGUUGCGCUUAAAAAAAUCCGCUUGGACACAGAGACAGAAGGUGUUCCCAGCACAGCCAUCCGGGAGAUUUCGCUCUUAAAGGAAUUGAACCAUCCCAACAUAGUCAAACUGUUGGAUGUAAUCCAUACUGAGAACAAACUCUAUUUGGUCUUUGAGUUCUUACAUCAAGAUCUAAAGAAAUUCAUGGAUUCUUCUACUUCCAUCAGUGGUGUAGAGUUACCUCUUAUCAAGAGCUAUCUGUUCCAGCUGCUGCAGGGCCUUGCCUUCUGCCACUCCCAUCGUGUACUCCACCGAGAUCUUAAGCCACAGAACCUCCUUAUCAAUGCAGAGGGAGCAAUAAAACUUGCUGACUUUGGGCUUGCUCGUGCGUUUGGAGUGCCAGUGAGAACCUACACACAUGAGGUGGUGACUCUUUGGUAUCGAGCUCCAGAAAUUCUCCUUGGCUGCAAAUACUAUUCAACAGCAGUGGACAUAUGGAGCCUGGGGUGCAUCUUUGCAGAGAUGCUAACCCGUAGAGCGCUCUUCCCUGGGGAUUCAGAAAUCGACCAGCUGUUUCGCAUCUUCCGCACACUGGGCACGCCGGAUGAGAUUGUGUGGCCAGGAGUCACCUCUAUGCCUGACUAUAAGUCCAGUUUUCCCAAGUGGGCCCGGCAGGACUUUAGCAAAGUAGUACCACCGCUGGAUGAAGAAGGCAGAAAACUUCUAGCACUAAUGCUGCAUUAUGAUCCCAACAAGAGGAUCUCGGCCAAGACUGCUCUCAAUCACCCCUUCUUUCGAGAUGUCACAAAAGCUUUGCCACACCUCCGCUUGUGAAAUGGAAUUAGAGCCAGCAGAGUUGCUGUGGUGCAGGCUCUGCAACAUACCUUUUCCUCGGGCAGCCCUGGUUGCUUGCACUUAACUUUUCAACUUAACCCUGAAGAGAACCCUGGUGGCCCAAUGGGGCACAGCCUACACCUUUAGGAUUUUAUUCCUGAACUCACCGUAAAGCACUAAGCUGAGCUUGAGGAUUCGCUGGUUCCAAGCUGCCUUGUGGAGAGAGAAGGGCCUCCAAAGCUGCCAGCCACAAGGAUUCAACUUGCUUGAGAAGCACCCUUUCAUUCUUCACACGUUUUACCCCCCAUGUGUUCCAUGCCUUCCUCCUUGGGGACGUCUACAAAAUAACGUAUUCUGUAUUUGCUUACUCUCCAGCUGUUAACAUCUUGGCACAAGUACACUGUAGUUGCUUCUUUUUCCUUCAGGUGUAGAAGGAACUUUUAUUAGAGGGCUAAGGGACUUCGGCAACAUCUGUCACGGUGCACCCUUUUCAUCUGUGAUGCUAGUCAGUAUAACCCACUGAUCACUAGAAUAAUCCUGAAGAGAUGGAACUGCUGAAGCGUGGCCUUUGGUGGCACAGUAUGGCUUGCUAACUUUCAAAUGCAUACUGGCUGCAUCACUAAGCUCUUUUUGACAUUUGAUAUGCAGAAUAUUUUUUUAAAAAAGAAAAAACCCUCCCAAAAUUGCUUAUUUGGUGGGGAAAUGGGCAAAUCUUUACUCACUCAGUAUUGCAUUGUGUUAUAUACCUGUUUUCUUCUAUAUCAGUAAGCUGAUGGUCUUUCUGUGCUCGCAGCCAAUGAAUGCCUUAUCCUUGGCAAUUGUGGUUUGCCAUUCCAAGACUGUCUUCCUAUAAUAGCUGGGAAAGUUUCAAAUGCCAUAGUUCUGAUGGGUUGGCCUUACACCCUCGGCUUAAAGUAAGGUAUCGUGCAAAUAUAUAUUGCUUAAAUUGUGUGUGAGCUUUGAAAUACAUACCUAGUUCCUGUCUCUCCUAUAAUCUCCAGCCACACACCUUGAGCAAAGUAAUGUAAGCCUUCCACUUAGCUAGAGAAUUUACAGCAGAAAACUUUUCUGGUCUAGUCCAGAGAGCUGGAAAUACUGAUAUCUACAUCUUUGUGUCAACCUGUUUUGGAGGCAGUUGGAUUGCUCAGGUUGUAUCAGUUGAAUGGCAUCUAAGAUCUGAUUUUUUUUUUUUUAAAUCUUGAUAGCUAAACUACAAAUCAUGAUUGGUUUCUGGUCGAUGCCACAUGGAGGUGAUGUAUAGUCAUAAAAGUUUCAUAUUGGAGAAUUUUUAAGGGCCACUUAAACUGACCUAAUGGUAGAACACUUUCCUGCAAAAUUCAGGAUUUUAUUUCAGAGUAAGGCAAUAUGAAGUACAAAAACCUAAAGCCUGUCGCUAGCAUAGAGCAAUAACUUGGAAACAUUAACUUAAUAAUUUUGAAAUAAUUCCAAAUGUUGGUCUUUUUCAACCAGUUGUGUAAUGCAUCUUAAAUAUGAGGCCUCAAUGAAGCCAUCUGGUAUUCAUUUUCCUGAAAUGCAUAUUUUUAUUAAAAGCAUUCAUGCUAGGGUAAUGCUCAUUUAUUGUAGAAAUGAAACAUUUUAAGAUGGUGAGGACUGCACUUUCCUCAAUGGGGGGAA